AUGUCUGCCGAACAGUACACUGUCGGCUGGAAUUGCGCCAUCAAGCCCGAGUUCGUCGCCGCACAGGAAUUCCUAGACGAGGAACACGAUGCCGAAGGAAUCAGCGCUGCUGUACAUGACAACAACAGCUACGCCUUUGGUCGGAUUGGGCAGCAUAGCGUGGUCAUCGCGGUGCUUCCAGAUGGUGAAUAUGGCACCAGUUCGGCAGCGACGGUUGCCAGGGAUAUGAUUCAUUCAUUCCCCAACAUCAGGAUUGGCCUGAUGGUUGGCAUCGGCGGCGGCGCCCUGAGCUCGAAGGACGACAUACGCCUCGGUGAUGUUGUCGUCAGCGCCCCUCGCGGCGGUAAUAGCGGUGUAUUUGAAUAUGACUUUGGCAAGACGAUUCAAGAGCAAGCUUUCCAGCACACAAGACAUCUCAACCAGCCUCCCAACGUCGUCCGAACUGCGGUCACCAAUCUGCAGGGCGCAAACAAGAGACUCCGGAAGUAUAGACGGCCAGACCCAGGCACCGAUGUUCUCUAUCAGUCGAAUUACCUUCACACUAGCGGUACCGGGGACUGCACGGCGGAUUGCGGUGCAGAUUCGGAUAACAUCGUCCUCCGCGAAGAGAGAGACGAAGAUGAGGGCGAUGACGACCCGGCUGUUCAUUACGGUCUUAUCGCGUCUGCGAAUCAGCUCAUGAAAGAUGCCACAGUCCGGGACCGUCUCGCAGCAGACAAGGGCGUGCUUUGCUUCGAGAUGGAAGCCGCAGGCCUUAUGAACCACUUCCCUUGUUUGGUAGUCAGGGGUAUCUGCGACUACUCGGACACCCACAAGAACGACAACUGGCAUGGAUACGCCGCAAUGACUGCGGCUGCCUAUGCCAAGGACCUUUUAGGAAAGAUCUUGCCGAGCAAGGUUGAAGCAGAGAAGAAGUUAGCCGAUGCCGUUGAGUCAGUAAAGCAAGACAUGCAUGAUUUCCAAGAGACAAUGUUCAGUAAUCGGGAAGACGAUGAGGUGAUUUCGUGGCUGAGAGCGCCGGACCAGUCAAGCAACCACAAAUUGGCUAUGCAAAGUCACCACGAGGGAACCGGGUCCUGGCUCCUAGAGGAUCCGAUAUAUCGGGACUGGAAAGCAACUCGGAGUGCAUUUCUCUGGGUAUCUGGAAUCCCGGGCUGCGGAAAAACAGUUCUGAGCUCGACUUUGAUUGAAGACGUUCGGUCUACUUAUUCAUCGGCUUGCCUUGCUUAUUUCUACUUUGAUUUCAACGACAGUUCGAAACAGACUCUUGACAGUUUGCUCCGUUCUCUGAUCCAACAGUGUUCUCAGAAGAACGAGUCAUCAAAGGCCUGUAUACAUGACCUAUGGAAGUCGCGUCCUGCGCGGAGAGAUGAGCAGCCGACAACCCAGCAGCUUUAUGACUGUCUCGUUAAAAUCUUGAAUCAGUCAGACGAGACUUGGGUUAUCAUUGACGCCCUUGAUGAAUGUACAACCAGAGACGGAUCGUAUGUAGACGGUAUUCUCUCUUUCAUCAAACAACUGAAGCAGGAUGCCGUAGGAUCUACUCAUAUUCUCGUUACAAGCCGAUCAGUGGAAGAUAUCGAAAGGUCUUUUACCGAAUGGGCCCAGAAAGAGUGUUUCAUUUCACUUCAGCACAGUCUUAUACAAGAUGAUAUCCAGGCCUAUAUUCGCCAUGAGCUUCGACCAGGUGGAAGGUUUCAGAGGUGGCACGAGAAGAAAUACGAGUGGGUAUUGAAAGAGAUCGAAUCUACACUAAUGUCUAAGGUUGAUGGAAUGUUCCGCUGGGUAACAUGCCAAUUGAGUUCGUUAGCUAGGUGCUUGGAUCCUAAGAUUCUUCUUAGAGAGCUGUCAUCUCUGCCCAGGGAUCUUGAUGAGACCUAUCAUCGAAUGAUCCGAGACAUACCAGAGGAAAACAAAUCCAAUGCCACCACCGUUCUCCGCUUCCUGGCCUUCUCACAUAGACCACUAACAGUUGAAGAGCUCGCCGACGCUCUUGCGGUAAACUUGGAAGAGUGCCCAAAGUUUGACCCGAGAUUUAGGAUGCCCAGACCUACCGAGGUUUGUCUCUAUUGCCCAAGUAUGGUGCUUUUGGCGCGGACGCGUAAGCGCGCAAGGGACCAGCUCGAUGGAUACAAGGAAGUGCUAGAAGUGCGACUCGCCCACUUCUCAGUGAAGGAAUAUCUGACCUCAGAUCGGCUCCAUGCAGAGCUGCGACCACUAAUUGAGCCGGCCAUUUCCCGGGCGUCCCUUGCUGACAUCUGCGUGGCAUAUCUGUCAGAAAUCAAGGCUGCAAUGACAAAACACCAGAUCAAAGAAGCGUUUCCAUUCGCCAGCUACAGCGCACAAUCAUGGCUGGACCACGCAGCUGCAUCUAGGUCUCUAGAUCAGGGAGCUGAAGACAGUGGCCUAAUUCUCGACUUUUUGUCUUCUGGCGACGUGGCCUAUCAGAAUUGGUUUAUCAUGUUUGAUCCAGAGGCCUCAUUCAAAAUCACAAAACCCGCGUCGGGUCUGUACUAUGCCUGCUUGUAUGGCCUCGUCUCGGAAGUCGAGAGCCUGCUUUCGCAACAUGUUGGCGUCAAUGAACAGGGCGGAAGACAAGGCUACCCGAUUGUGGCAGCUGCAGACAAAGGCCACACCAAGAUUGUGAAGCUUCUGGUCGCAAAUGGAGCAGAUGUAAACCUGAAGGACCCUUUCGAUCGGACAGCUCUACACAUGGCCGCCAGCGGAGGCUACAUCGAAAUUGUCCAGCUUUUGUUGGACGCCAAUGCGGAAGUCAACGCAAUGACUGCUGAGUACGAGACCAGCCUCGGAUGGGCCUGCAGCAGCGGGCAUCUGAAGGUCGUUCGGUUGUUGCUCGACCGGGGAGCAGUCAUGAACCCUCCAGAUGGAAUGUCAGUCAACGUGCUCCAGCUGGCUUGCUCAUACGGCCACGUGGAGAUUGUUCGCCUUCUUCUCAACAAGGGCGCUGACGUACACGGACUUGGUGAACACUCUGAAUCACCACUCGAGUCUGCUGCCUCGUAUGGUGAUGUGAGGAUUGUCUCUCUUCUACUGCAGCACGGAGCAAGUCUGACGCUGCUGCCAAAUCAGAUCGGGGAUGCCCUGCAAUCUGCUGCGGCCCGUGGUGACGAACGUAUCAUGCGGAUCCUUCUCGACGCCGGUAUGCCCGUUGGCAGAAGCAUGGAGAGAGAAAUUUGUGUGUCAUUAGCUGACGAGGAGCAAGAUGGGCAUGCAAUGUCGGCUCUUUGGAUAGCAGCCAAGAACCGCCAUGUCGGCGCCGUCAGGAUGCUUUUGGAUGCAGGCGUGGGACCGAAUAAUGCUUGGGCCAAAGAUAAUGGCAUUCUCCAGCGUUUCUACACCCCUCAUGGUCAGCAAGAAGUAGAGAUCAUAAAGUUGCUGCUCGAUCACGGGUUCAAUGUCAACGACUCUGAGAGCGCAGACGAGUCGGCGCUGGAAGGUGCGGUUCGAGCUGGCCGCGAGGAUAUCGUGGCUGUCUACGAGGGGCACAGAGAUAUUGUACGGCUAUUGCUUGAACGGGGCGCCGAUACGGGGAGAGUGGCUAAGCGCCAUUAUCCAAUCGGUCAUAGAUUCGACGACCCCCUGCUUCGAGCUCAUAAGAUGCGUGACUGGGAGUCGGUGCAGAUGCUUCUCGACUACGGAGCGAGUCUCCAUACUGUCGCGGGAGAAUCUUGCAAGAACCAUAGCUUCUUGGAGAUUGUUUGUCUGGACAAUGACAUGCACGCCGUCGAGAUGCUGCUUCAUCGAGGUGUAGACGUCAGUCUUGGCCUACCGGUAGCGUGUUACCAAGGGUACGUAGCCCUUGUAGAGGUAAUGCUUGACGGCGGCAGCGAUAUUAGCAUACACAACACCAGGUACGGAGACCCUUUAGGAGCUGCUUCAUACGGAGGGCAUGUUGAAGUUGUACGCCUCCUUAUCGAAAGAGGAGUCGCAGUCGAUGCAUCAUCUCCGAUCUACGGCAGUGCCCUCAUAGCAGCAUCGAGCAAGGGCCAUGAGAAGGUCAUCCAUGCUUUGCUUGAUCAGGGCGCCAACCUAAACAACAACAUCGGAAGUCAUGAAGAUCCAAAGGAGUCAGAGAUGCCCCAAAACUUUGCAAAGCUAUGGUCUCCCGCCGACGAGAAUGGCAACACUCCCGCUAUUUACGGAAACGCACUCCAAGCAGCCUGUCACGAAGGCCAUGAGGACACGGCGUGGUUACUCAUCAACCGCGGCGCAGACGUAAACGCACCAGGUGGCUGUUACGGCAGUGCGCUGGCAGCCACUUCUUACGGCGGCAAAGCUAGCAUAGUACAGCUACUCCUGGAAAGCGGAGCAAGUGCCAACUCCCCCGGCGGCAUUCAUGGGAAUGCUCUUCUCAGCGCUUGUCGUAGAGGCCGCGAGGAUAUCGUUCGUAUCCUGAUCGACAACGGAGCCAGUGAAGACUUGGGCACGGGCUUAUCCACAGCAAUUCGUGAGGGGCACACGCGUACUGUCCUGGCCAUACUUGAACUCUGUGAGAGCCAUGUAUCACUUGACAGCGUUUCCCUCACAGAUGCUAUAAAUACGGAUGUAGAUUACCUCAUUGGGGUUAUCCUCGACGCGAUCGGGACCUUGACUGAUGAGGCCGUCAUAGGCCCACUUCACGCUGCCGCCGCUGCUGGAAGACGGGACCUUGUGAAAAGUCUACGGGAUCGGGGAGCAAGCCUGACAGCCGAGAGGCCUAAUUUUGAUGAAGCACUGGUAAAUGCUUCCGCACAGAGGAACAUCGAUGUGGUAAACUUCCUGCUUGAGCUUGGUGCCAACCCUAAUCAACAGUACGAUGUUACGUCGGAAGGGCAGAGGUGGAAGUAUAGCAGUGCGCUUCAUGCAGCAUCGCAGGCUGGGCAUCUGGAAAUCACUCAAUUGCUGCUACAAAGUGGUGCGGAUGCCACUUCUCCGGGGGGAAAGUAUCAGUACUUAACCCGGGCUGUCAUUGUCAGCCAUGAUAUGGACCGUUUUGAGAUGCGUAACAAAUACGGACAAGAUCUUGAACAAGAUGUCGUUGAGGGAUUUGAGGCCAUCGUCAAAAUGCUGUUUGUUCAUGGGGUCGACGCUCGUUGGGUACGGCAGGACUACAAUGAAUGUCUGCAUCAGAGUACCUGCGUUGGAUUUGGAACCAUUGUCAAGAUCCUCAUAGAGAAAGGGGCAGACAUCAACUUCUGCUUCGAGAAGUCUAACACAGACGUUCUAGAAGCGGCGCUGUGGUGUGGAUAUCCGCAUAUUGCUUGGAUUCUGGUGGACCAAGGUUGCCACAUACCCGAUUCACACUGGGAGCGCUACUACGGAGCCCAGAGAAAGACACUGCUGCAUUUUGCGGCUGAGUAUGGGCGUAAAGACAUUGUUCAAGGACAUGUCUCCAAAAAGCUUGAUGUUAACAUCCGAGACGAUCGUGGCCAAACCUCACUCCACCUUGCGGUUAUAAACGGGUAUCAUGAGAUCACGAGGACUCUGUUGGAAAACGAGGGAUAG